GCAGACACCUCCUGCCUGCCUGGUUUCGAGACUGUGUGUUGCUGGGGAUUUCUGUAUUAAUUUAAAUAAGUGGGGAACUCCGCCCCCCCUCCAUUUUCUUAUUAGCCUUUGGGCCCAAAGCACUGGCAACAGCCUGCGAACUGAUGUCGGGGCCUGCCUCCUUUCAACGGUGCAAAGGGAGAUCCUGAGCCCAGAUGGCUGCUCGGCGGAUGACGCAGGAGUCUUUUGAUGCCCUCAUGCAAGUCAAGGCGAAACGUCUGGACAGGAGCGACCCCAUCGAUGAGGCCCUCCACCAGUUUAGAGUUCAUUCGCACCCAGCCCAGCGAACCCGGUACAAGGAUGAAGACUCCAGUGACUGGAGGGGAGAAGCCCGAGAAGCCCCCAAAGAAGACUAUUCGGUGCCUCCCUAUCAGUCAGAGGAGGAGGAUUACCGCACACAAACAUUUUCACGGAACCAAAAAUACGCCCAGGCCCCUUCCCGUGACCGGGACUAUGGCCGUUUGUCUUCUGCGGAAAGGGAGCUCGCCGGCCCAUCAACCAGGGAACGGGGUUACGGUCGCCUGGCCUCUCGGGAAAGGGACUAUGGCCGUGUCUCCUCCCGAGAGACCUCCAGGCUCCGUGAUGCUGACUACAGUUCAGCAAAGCUGUUAAGUGGCUUCCGUUCUCCAGGGCUAUUGGAAGAGGAGUUUGGGACUGUGAGGAGUCAGGAUUCCAGCCUGGAGGCUGGGAGAGAGUUUGCUCCCUCUUUACAUGCGGGGAGGGGCCUGACGGCAAAGCACCUCCUGGCACCACAGGGCCUGGUCAAAAGCAAGACAGAUGUGGUCAUCCCCAUGAAGAAAGGGGUCCAGGCUUUGUCCUCAGAUCUGCUGGGGGAGCCCUCUGACCCCGCCAAGAAGAGGGCCUUCCCCGCUCACCACCAGCUCGGCCAGCGGCCGCCGUCCCUGCCCCUGAGGGGCACCCUGAAGUACGACGACCCGGACACCAUGAGGUAUGCCCGGCACAAAGAGCCGGAGGAUGUUUUCACCACCUUUGGGGUGGAGAUCAUCAAUUGGGCCGGCUUCCACAAGAUCAAGAAGGACCCGGAGUACACGGAAAUGUACCGCACGCUCUUCAAGGUGGAGACAGAGACGUGUGCCAAGAUGCUGGCCUCCUUCAAGUGCCCACUGAAGAUGGGGCACCAGGACUUCUGCUAUUCCAUUGUGCGGACUCUGCAGCACCCGGCGCUGCAGACGCCCAAAGUGGACGGCCAGUUCUUGAACCUGCUCCUGGAAAAGAAGCUGGUGGAAACCAAGAGCGGCUUCUUCCAGCUCAUCAAACCUUUUGACCGGUACAUGAUGCAUUUCCAGGCUUGCCUCCUGAAGAGCACCGUCCCACUCCUGAUGGCCUGCAAUGGCUAUGAGCUGAACUCCAAGUCCAGCAACUUCUUCAGCGACGCGGGACGGAUGGCGGAUGCCUUCAAGACCACGGCCUCCCUCUGCCGGAAGUCCCUGGUGCUCAUCGGCCAGACCUUCGCCCUGGCCUCCUCCUUCCGGCAGGAGAAAAUCCUGGAGGCCGUCGGGCUGAAGAGGGUGGCCCCUCUGCCCAUCUCGUUCCCCAAUUUUGACGACUCGGCCUUGUUUGGGAAGGAGUACAUUGAACACCUGCAGGACUGGCUGGAGAAAAGCGGGUACCAGAUGGAGCUGAAGAAGCCAAGUGCGGAGGAAACCAAGAGCCCGCAGGAAACCAGGCCUAAGACUCCGCAACGCGCUGACAAGAAGGUCACCGAGACGAUCGAGAAGAUGGUGGAUGGCAUCAUUUCUGGCACUCUGAAAGGGGAAGAGAGAGAUCAGUUGAAGGACAACCCAGAUUACUGGUUUCUGAAGGAAGAAGACAGCCUGGAGCACAAAUAUUACAAGCUCAAGCUGUCCGAGAUGUAUCGGCUGAUGUCGGCAGCCAAAGAAAAGCCCAAGGAGGAGAAGACCCCUGAGCUGCAGGAUUUGGCUGUCAUGGGGGCCUUGCUGCGGGCCCGCAAAGUCCUCCACAUCAAGAAGCGGCUCUUCGGGAAGAGGAUGCCCAGGAUCCUUCAGCGGCGGGUGGCGAGAGCCCAGAGGCUGAAGCGGGCCACCGUGGGGACCCAGACGCUCCGGCCCGCCAGGAGAAUGCUCAAGCAGAAGCGCCUGGCGCAGAGCCCCAAAGCCCACCCAGCAGAGACCUCCUUGGAGAAGGCGGGAGUCUGCGACUCAGCCACUGACCCAGAAGAUGCGCCCGGGGAAGGUUUGGGUGCUGGAAGCUCGCUUGGGCUAGCAUGCCCGUUCCCUGACGUGGAUCCCAAAACGAUGGUGACAGCAGAGAGGCUGGCCAAGUUUGUGGCGGAGGUGGGACCCGAGAUCGAGCAGUUCAGCAUCGACAACAGUACAGAUAACCCGGAUCUGUGGUUCCUGCAUGACCGUGAGAGCUCGGCCUUCAAGUUUUACCGGAUGAAAGUCUAUGAGCUGUGCCCCUCCAUCAACUUCAGCGCUAUCCCAGGGCCUGCCAGCGAGAGCCCCGCAGCCUCGGAGGGUGACUGGGAGAACAACGAGGAGGAGGAGGAAGAAGAAGAAGAGGAGGAAGCUCCCCAGUCUGGAAUGGAAGAGGAAGAAGCUCAGGCAGGCUCUGCCAACGUGGGAACCUCGAGUACAGCUGGAGAAGGGCAGCCUGAGGGCACCACCUCAGAAGCAUCUGCCCAGGGUCCUCUGCGGGGCAGUGCCUUUGGGCGCAAGAGGGCCAGCAGCAGGUCCUUGAAGGUGGGCCUGAUCCCAGCCUCCAAGAGGGUCUGUCUCAUUGAUGAACCGAAAGUCCACGACCCUGUCCGGAUUGCGUAUGACCGACCCCGCGGCUAUCAGUCCCACAAAAAUAAGUUUUGUUCUCAGUGGCAGAAGUCAAAGGAUUUGGAGUUUUCCCACAAGCGGCUGAACCAGAAGAACAUUGGCUUCCAGAUGCUGCAGAAAAUGGGCUGGAAGGAAGGCCUUGGGCUUGGUACCCAUGGAAAGGGCAUCAAGGACCCCGUCAAAGUGGGCUCCACCUCAGCGGGGGAGGGCUUGGGUGUGGCGGGGGACGAGAACAAGGAGGACACCUUUGCCACCUUCCGCCAGAGGAUGAUCCAGAUGUACUAUCUGAAAAGAGCCUCUAAUAAAUAGAAUGAGCUUUGAACCAAAGAAGUGAAGAUCAUUGUGCUGGAGAGAGGAGAGGCCAUCUUCUGAGAACCCCCACCCCUUUUAAAUUUGGAGCAAUUAGAUGAGCAAAUUGCUUUUAAGAAUCCGUAACCUCCUAAACAAAUCGAAACAAACAUUGCCGUUCUUUGGAUGCAGGAACAGCUGGGUCUACUUUUUGAUCAAAUCUCUUAACAAGAGCCUAGGAUGUAAGGCUCCCCCCCCCACCUACGCGAGGCUGACUUGCGUACAACCACAUGUGCAUGCAGUGCUGGGAAAUAAAUCAAUUGGCUACUCCUACCUGCGGCCCAGAUCCCCACUCUUGAGUGCUGUGGGGCACAUGUCCACACACACACACACGCCAGCCUGGUCCUGGCUGCAGCAACAAACUCAAGGUAUGAGUGCGCAGAGGGAGGGGACUGGAGCACAUGAGAUCAGCACUUGGGCACUGCACUGCUGGGUCCGCAAGCACCUCUCGAGGGCACCCUAGAGAAUGGGCUACCCAGUGCCCCACUAGCCGUGCAGCCCUGAACCAGUGGGUGAAGCACAAAUCCAUCUUCCAACAAGGCAGGGUCAGUGCUCAGAGCAGAAAAGGAGUGGCAGGGGGAGAAUGUGGGUAGCUGAGCUGAUGGUGGGGGGCCAUGGGUCACAGCGGGAAGGGGAGGGGAGGAGCAAAUCAAAGGAAGUGAACAAUUGUGGCCUGGAAGUCUCUCAGGACUGCUGCCCGGGAGAGAAGGCAGCAGCCCCGUCGACGCACGUGAGUCUGUCUCAUCCCUAUUAAAGCAGCAUGCUCCCCACUUUAUGCAAUUUCACUUCUGCAUGUGGGGCCCCUGGAGCAUAACCCCUGCGUAGGUGUGUGUGUGUGCCUGUAUCCAUUCCAGACAGGACAAAAAAAAUGGACUGCCCUCUACGUGGACUAUGUGAUCUUCCUGCCUUUCUCAAGAUUCAGAACUUCCAUCGUUACACAAUUUGAUGUCUUUUUCUGUUGCUUUGGGUCUGCACGACGAGCUGCAGUUAUUGAAUAACCAUUACUUGUUUGAUUCAUGGAACCAUCACUUUGUUUGCUUUAAAUAAAAUACAAACAGUAUGUAGAAGCCAUGUAGGGCAGAUACGAACCUCACUUUUGUUUCUGAGGUCUGUGUUAUCAGCAAUCGGUGCCACUGCCAGGCACGCAGGAUUCCUGCAUUUCAGUCUUCUUUAACAGUCUUGGUUACCUUUUCCUUCUGCAAAGGAACCUUAGUGCUGUUUUCUUGCAGCAAGGUCUCUGGAGAGCUUUUCCCCCCUUUUUUGUGGGGGGUACAAGGUUGUCUGAAAUUUGGGAUUCACUCCAUUGCUGAAUUGGACCCCUCUAGACUGUGCACAAACUCUACUUACGAGCCGUCUCAACGGCAUCCCGAUUUCGAAUUUGACAGUGUUUUCUGAAUGAUGAGUCUCACUCUAAUCCAUUUCCCCUCUGGAGUUCUCCAAUAACAAUUUGCCACCCAGCCUCUCCUGGCUUUUCCGCAAAAGGCUACUUCAUCUUGGUGACGGGACACAAACCAAUUGUUAACUCUGAAACAUUCUGUCCAUUGUGGACCUUGGUUUCUCACAGCCACCCAUUUGUGGUGGGGGUCUUGUGCUGUGCAGGAUCAUUCACACCCCCUUCCCCCUUCAUGGCCAAAGUGGACUUUUCAGUGGGAAAUCAUACUCCGCUCUGGUUUGCUGCAUUCCUUCCUGCUCAGAACCAGCUUUUCCGCCCCAGGAAACUCUGAAUCAAAGUGUGGUGUUGAAGUCAGCUUGAGCUUCAUGCCAUCAUCAGGAACAUGCAAUGGGGAACUUCUUCCUUUCUGAGAAAUGCAAGAGUCAUUCAUGGGACUCGGUGGGGCUCCUGCUGUUGUUUGAGCCAAGAAGUUUGCUGCUGAUAGCAAGGUGUUGAAGAACCCCACGAGACCCCCUUCCUUCGGCCUGCAGGAUCCAGUUCUGUCAAGCUGAAGCUGCCACAGGGUCUGGCCACCGUCCUGUUAAAACCACUCUGUUACCCAAUUUCUAGGGGUGUUUUGGUUUCUCUUUCAUAAUUGAGCGUUGCAUUUUUUUAAAAAAAUAACAUUAUCUCUCAGCCCAACCUGGCCUUUUGGCCUUCUGUGAGUUGGAUUGCUGAUCUGAUUCCCCUGGCCCAUAAAUGGGUUGUAGCUGUUUGAAUGUGAAGCUUCUGUGUUCAGCCACAGUUUUUUCACCCCACCCCAUAUAUUCAGCCAGCUCUCGUGUCUUCUUACGAGUUGCUAGAAUCUUUUCUCCUCCUGACUUCAGGAGCUUGCAGAGAGUGAGAUGACUGCAUAACCAAACCUUUUCUCUUGCAUUUUGUGGGAGGGGUGGGGUCCUCUCUUCCAGCUGGUUCAAAAUCCACUCCUUUCCUGUGUGUGAUAUCUUCUAAGAAUCUGCUUUUCACUGGGCAACUUUCGGGGAACCUCUUUAAUGGGUCUGUAAAAAUAUUUUCAAACGCAGAGCAAAAAUGGCCACUUGGUAGCCAAUUUGGUUCACUAGGUUUUUUCCUCUUAUUCUAGUUUUCCAGGCUCUCUCACGAAGACCACAAGCAUCCAUGAACACUCUUCCUGCAGUCGCUAGAGCAUGUGUAUUCUCUAUCCUGUGUCUCUCCCCCAACCCUCUGUUUAGUGAUGGUGUUUUUUUUCAGUGGCACUUGAUCAGGAUUUCCCCCCCCCCUUUCUCCCUUUCCUGUGCCAUCUGAACUGUAUUGACCUGUAGUGGAAAGAGAAGUUUGUUAGCUGAUUCAUAGUUUCUUUUUUAAAUGUUUAACGACGGCAUGUAAUCCUUUUGCUUUAUUUUUUAACAAAAAAGCCUUCAAUAAACAUGAACCUGAUUAUUAGCCUCA